AUGCCGACGAGAGCGAUGUCGGCGAACAUGUUCACUCUCGGACUUUGUUUUCUCUUGGUGACAGCACAGGCAGUGAAGUUUGACAGCAAGCUGAUCAAAUCUGUGGAUUGUAGCAAAUUGCCAGCCGACUAUUGCACAGCGGAUUUGGGUUGCAAGAAGGACAGCAAUGGGAACUGCGAAGUUGACCCGAACUUGAAGCCCACGAUCAACUGCACAGAGCAGUUGUACAAGUCUGGACAGGCAGUGCAAGCUGCUGAGGAUUCAAUGGAGGUCUUGUUCAAAACCAUCAAGACUACAUGUAAGAACGUCGGGGAGACGACGUCUAAGGCCAUUGACACCUUCGCGUCACUGGAGGAUGAGUUUGAAAGCGCACUUGACAAAUACAACUCGAGCCUGGUGGAAUACACCAAAGAGAAAGCAUUCAUGGACGACCUUCAAAGUCAGCUUGAUGAUCUCCAGGUCAAGUGCAAAGCUACAGAUCCUCCUCCACCCCCCGACUGCGCGAUCAAAAUCCAGAAACUCCAGGACCAGAUCACCAAAGAGAAUGCUACAUGCUCCAAGUUGUGGAUCAAGGUUGACAUGAACAAGAAAAUGCUCGACCUCGCCUCGACUCAAGUCUCGCAGGGCAAGGCCGCCAUGAUCACUGCCACUCAGGGAGCCUCCAAGACUUUCAACUCUGCCUCAACUCAAGUCAUGGACGCCGUCAACAAGAAGGAUGACGCCAUGACGUACUGGAACGCCAUCGUCAGCUCGUGCUCUGCCAGCUCCGCUGUCGCCCAAGUGAAGCGCAAGUCAUACAAGAGGCUAAGCAAGAUGUACGACAAGAUCCAUCGCAGAAUGCGCUCGUUCAAGGUCGAAUGA